GUUGUGGUACAUGAUCUCUUGCUCUUUGUUAUGUUCUUUGACCAAUCGAAUCCAUAGAUGACCGCUACUAGGGCUGCAAAUGAGCUGAGUUUAGGCGUAGCUCAUUUAAUAAAACCUUAGCUCAAACUCGACUUUAUUUAACUCAAUCUCAGCUCAUUAAUGAGCUCACGAGCUCGAUCUACUCGAGCUUACCUCAUUUAUCAUUCUAAACGGUUGGAACCCCUAAUUAAACUCUUAAAUAAUUGAUAGAUUAGAUAUCCUAGUAGAAGUAGCUAAAAGUACCCUAUUAGAUAGACAGGUGUUGUCAAAGCCGAGCCGGAGUAUGACCCGAUAACGUGAACGGCUUGGUCAUUAGUGGUCCAGCCGACAUUAGACGGUUUAAAAACCGUUUGAGAACCGGUACCUAAUAAACAGUCAUCUGUAAUAGUAGACACUUCUUACAAUGGAAAAUCUAACACUACCUUUCUGAAACUUCUAAAUAACUCAAUCAAGUAAACAAAUGCAAAUUAACAUUGAAAUAAAAAUGAUGCAAAUUAACAUUACAAUCAACCAGAAAUUUGCAUCAAUUAGGUUUAACAAAAUUAACUUACCUCGAGCAGGAGGUGAGUCGGCUGGUGGGAGAUGUUGCGGACUGUGGAGGUGAGAUGGCUGGAGCAGGGCAGUAGGUGGAGCAGGGCAGUGGUUGGGGGAGAUGUUGCGGCAGGAGCAGGGCUGCAGGGGGCUGCUUGCGACGAUGGCGGGGAGCAAAAGCAACGAUGGUGACUGGCGAUGGCGCUGCUUGCGGCGAUUACGAGCUGCUUGCGCCGGGAGCGGGGAGCAGAAGCCACGAUGGCGACUGACGAUGGCGACUAGCGAUGGCGCGCUGCUUGCGGCGGCGAGCUGCUUGCGGCGACGGGACGGAAGCGCUGGGGGCCUGGUGAGAUGGUUGACGGCGGCAGGGUGGCGCCGCUCUCCCUCUGUCGUCUGUUCUACUUCUAGGUUGAAGAUGGAGAAAUAAAAGGAAAGUUUGGGUUUUGUUUGGCUGCCCAAUUCCACGAUUCAUUUUCUAUUUCUUUUAGGGUAAACCAAACGGCCGAACCGCGCGACCGGCUCGAGCGGUUAAUCGCUUCGGCCGCUCGCCGGCCGCUGUAUAAAACCGUGCCGGUUAAAUAGCUGAUCCGAGCCGAUUUUACGGCCGGGUGGCGGCUUUGGCGGUCUGGCCGGCCGGCUCGGUUCGGCUUUGACAGCACUGUGUUACUAUAUAUAGUUAAGUGAGUGAUAAUAGUGGGAGGGCCUUUGUUUCCAUGAUCAUCAGCAGUAGCAAGAGCAGCUUUAACCUCAUCCACAUAUUAUACAUGUGAUUAAUAUGCUGAUAAAAAUAAUGAUAAUAAAUUUAUGUGCUAAAUUAUCACAAGCUUAUAUUCUCUGUCAGAAUAUAUUUAGUUUAUAAUUUCUCACUAGUUCAAACCAUUUUAUUGAACCGUACCAGUAGUUAAGCAAUAUAUAAUAAAUAAUUUCCCUUUGAAAUUACAAAUGGUACAUAUUUGAUAGAAAUUCAAAAACUUUAACCCUUCUAUAUUGUGAAAUAUACAAUCUAGCAAAUUUAUGAACUAUCAACUACUCAACUCAUAAUUUAUAAAUAGAUCGAUUUGCUAAUACAUCACUAGUUGGUGGGCUUGCUGUCCACAUUGUCGAGCUAACUCAUGACUUAAAAACAAGGCAGUUUACGAGUUAACCUCAACGAGCCACCGAAUCGAGGUGGCUCCCGAGACUCGCGAGCUGAAUAAGAUUUAGCUCAAAUUAGCUCUUUAGCCAACAAAUCAAUCUCGAGCAAUUUUUUUCAAGUCGAAGACCUAGUCACUCGUCAGCAACUUGGCUCAUUUGCAACCCUAGUACACUACUACUUUAAAUUUUGACUAUUAAAUUAAGUUUAGUGAUCACUGAAUAAAAAACGUGAAACAGUUUAAUUAUCUCAAUGAAAUCAUUUACUAAUC